CGCGCGGUGGCGCCUGCUUCGCGGUGGUGCGGAAGCAGUGGCGGCUGCUGUUCUUUCUUUCUCCCCUCCCUCCGGAAGAACAGCAAGCAGGAAAGGAGGACCUGUCGAGCGAGCGAAAAAAAAACGGAGCCUGCUGCAACCGCCGCCGAAGGCCGAGCUCGGCAGUGACCGGCGGGCGGGCGAGAAGCAGCAGGAGCAGCAACAGCUCCUCUUCCUCCUCCCGGCGGAACAGAGCCGAGGGAAACUUAGAGCCGUUCCUGGGAGGAAACCCGGGAAGAUAUGCUGAACAGAAUGUAAAGAUAUCAUGGCCUUACUUACAGUGACAGAUAUGGAAGGAACAGUAUCUUCUACUAUUCAUCAAAAUGGUGGCAUUGUUGGAAAUUCUACUAUUUCUCGACCUUCAGAGCAGCUGUUUCGAAUUUACCUUUAUAAUUCCCCAGGAAAGGCAGAAGGUGACUAUCUACUGUUUCCAGCUGGAGAGUAUGUUGCAGAAGAAAUUUGCGUGGCCUGCUGUAAGGCUUGUGGGAUCCUGCCUGUGUACCACAACAUGUUUGCACUAAUGAAUGAGGUUGACCGAUGUUGGUAUCCUCCAAAUUACACCUUCCAAAUAGAUGGAUCAGCUACUGUCACUGUACUCUACCGAAUAAGAUUUUAUUUCCCACACUGGUAUUCUAGAAACAAUAUACGAGCAUAUCGGUAUGGCGUUUCUCGAAGUGCAGAGAGUCCCGUCCUUGAUGAUAUUGUCAUGUCUUACCUAUUUGCUCAGUGGCGAGAAGAUUUUGUCCACGAGUGGGUAAAAAUGGCUGUGACUCAUGAAACACAGGAAGAAUGUCUUGGAAUGGCCGUCCUUGAUAUGAUGAGAAUAGCCAAAGAAACGGACCAAACUAUAUUAUCCAUUUACAAUUCUGUAAGCUACAAAAUGUUUUUGCCAAAAUGCAUCAGAGAAAAAAUCCAAGAUUAUCAUAUUUUAACAAGAAAAAGAAUAAGGUACAGGUUCCGGAAAUUUAUUCAGCAAUUCAGCCAGUGCAAAACAACUGCCAGAAAUCUGAAACUGAAGUAUCUCAUUAAUUUGGAAAACCUCCAGUCUGCCUUUUACUCAGAAGUGUUUAAAGUGAAGGAUCCUGGAAGAGAACCUUCAAAUGCAGAAUCUUUUGCAACCAUUAUUAUAAGUGGAAAUGGCGGAAUACAGUGUCCCAGAGGAAAACAAAAUGCCAGUGAGAUGCUUGCAGAUGAGGACAUACAAACCUACUGUGAUUUUCCUGAUAUUAUAGAUGUCAGUAUUAAGCAAGCAAAUCAAGAAAGUUCUGGAGAAAGUAGAAUUGUAACCAUUCACAAACACAGCAAGAAUCUGGAAGUUGAAUUUCAUUCAUUAAAAGAAGCUCUUUCUUUUGUAUCAUUAAUCGAUGGAUAUUAUAGAUUAACAGCGGAUGCUCAUCAUUACCUUUGUAAAGAGGUGGCACCUCCUUCAGUUCUUGAAAAUAUCCAGAGCAAUUGCCAUGGGCCAAUUUCCAUGGACUUUGCAAUCAGUAAAUUGAAAAAAGCUGGCAAUCAGACUGGCUAUUAUGUUCUUCGUUGCAAUCCAAAAGAGUUUAAUAAAUACUUUCUUACCUUUGCCGUGCAGCAAGACAGCAUAAUUGAUUAUAAACAUUGCUUGAUAACAAAAAAUGAAAAUGGCGAAUAUAAUCUCAGUGGAACUAGAAAAAGUUUUACCAACCUUGUGGAUCUGUUGAAUUGUUACCGUACAGAAACUGUCCAAGCAAAUAGUAUGGUUUUCCAGUUUAUCAGAUGCUGCCCUCCAAAGCCAAAAGAUAAGUCCAACCUUCUUGUCUUCAGGAGCAAUGGAGAUUCUGAUAUGCCAACAUCACCUACUUUGCAGAGACAUAAUAAUGUCAAUCAGAUGGUUUUUCACAAAAUUCGGAAUGAAGAUCUUAUCUUUAAUGAAAGCCUUGGACAGGGCACCUUUACUAAAAUUUUCAAAGGAGUAAGGAAAGAAGUAGGAGACUAUGGUAAAUUGCAUCAAACUGAAGUCUUACUGAAAGUUCUGGAUAAAACACACAGACAUUACUCUGAGUCUUUCUUUGAAGCAGCAAGCAUGAUGAGUCAGCUUUCUUACAAACAUUUAGUAUUAAAUUAUGGAGUUUGUGUCUGUGGAGAAGAAAAUAUUCUGGUUCAGGAGUAUGUAAAAUUUGGAUCAUUGGAUACUUACUUGAAGAAAAAUAAAACUUCUAUAAAUAUUUUGUGGAAAUUAGAAGUUGCAAAACAGCUGGCAAUGGCAAUGCAUUUUUUGGAGGAUAAAAACCUCAUACAUGGGAAUGUAUGUGCAAAAAAUAUCUUGCUUAUCAGAGAGGAAGAUAGGAAGUCUGGGAACCUUCCUUUUAUCAAACUUAGUGAUCCUGGUAUCAGCAUUACAGUUUUGCCAAAAGACAUUCUUCUGGAGAGGAUUCCAUGGGUGGCCCCAGAAUGCAUUGAAAGUCCCAAGCAGUUGAGCCAGGCGGCAGACAAGUGGAGUUUUGGGACAACUCUGUGGGAAAUCUGCAGUGGAGGAGACAAACCUCUCAAUGCACUGGAUUCUCAAAGGAAGCUACAAUUUUAUGAAGACAGGCAUCAGCUUCCUGCUCCCAAUUGGACAGAACUGGCAAAUCUGAUAAACAAUUGUAUGGAAUAUGAAGCAGAUUUCCGCCCCUCUUUCAGAGCAGUUAUACGAGAUCUGAACAGCUUAUUUACGCCAGAUUACGAAUUAUUGACAGAAAAUGAUAUGUUACCAAAUAUGAGAAUUGGUGCUCUUGGAUUUUCUGAAGCUUUUGAAGGCCGGGACCCAACUUACUUUGAAGAGAGACACCUCAAAUUCUUGCAGCAACUUGGCAAGGGUAAUUUUGGAAGUGUGGAAAUGUGUCGAUACGAUCCACUGCAGGAUAAUACAGGGGAGGUAGUAGCUGUGAAGAAACUGCAGCACAGCACAGAAGAAUACCUGCGAGAUUUCGAAAGAGAAAUCGAAAUUCUCAAAUCUCUGCAACAUGACAACAUUGUCAAGUACAAAGGAGUGUGCUAUAGUGCAGGUCGGAGAAAUCUGAAGUUGAUAAUGGAAUAUUUACCCUAUGGCAGUUUACGGGAUUAUCUCCAGAAACACAAGGACAGGUUGGAUCAUAAGAAACUCCUACAGUAUGCUUCUCAGAUAUGUAAGGGCAUGGAGUAUCUGGGUUCAAAAAGAUAUGUACAUAGAGAUCUGGCAACACGAAAUAUCUUGGUGGAGAAUGAAAACAGAGUGAAAAUUGGAGACUUUGGCUUGACAAAAGUUUUGCCACAGGAUAAGGAAUAUUACAAAGUAAAGGAACCAGGAGAGAGUCCUAUAUUUUGGUAUGCUCUGGAAUCCUUGACAGACAACAGGUUUUCUGUGGCCUCAGAUAUGUGGAGCUUUGGUGUGGUUUUGUAUGAACUCUUCACUUAUAUAGACAAGAAUAAAAGCCCUCCAGCGGAGUUCAUGCGCAUGAUUGGAAACGAUAAGCAAAACCAGAUGAUUGUGUUCCAUUUGAUAGAGCUUUUGAAGAAUAAUGGGAGGCUGCCAAGACCCGAUGGAUGCCCUGAUGAGGUUUAUGCCAUCAUGUCAGAGUGCUGGAAUAAUAAUGCAAGUCAGCGGCCAUCUUUUAGGGAUCUUGCUUUGAGAGUGGAUGUCAUAAGGGAAGGCCUGGGUGGAUGAAAAUCCUGAACUUGAUCCAAGGGUACAUGAAAACAUGCAGAGCAAAUGUACUUUGCUCCUUAAGCAGUUGCAGACUAUCAGCCUUCCCAUACAUCUUCUUCCCAUCUUUGAAGUUGGAGACUUUGAGGAAAUCACCCCCUCAGAACGUACAAACGGAGAAGAUCUCUGCUUUAGCUUUUUCAUCAGGAACACUACCACAAUGCACCAAUGAAAAGCACUUUGAUAGAAAAAGGAAUUCCUUUUUUAAAAGAGUAAAACAGUGGAUAGUAUCGCCUGUAAAUGGAUUUACAGAUCAAAAUGUCAAGAAGAAAAGUCAUGGAAAGGUUGGAGUUGGUCUACAGAAUUUUUCUUUUCUCAGCUGAAGAAAAUUUAGGCUGCAAUCCUAUAUCAUCUAUUCCAUGGGAUAUACCCUAUUAAUUUCUUGAGACUUAUUCUAAGAAAACAGAUAGAAUUGUGCUCUUAAACAGUAGAUUACCUGCAGAAUGUAUACUAUUCGGCUUCAGCACAACUGUUAAAGAAAAGCACAUUCCUAAAGGCAUCACUUUGAAGAGGAACAAAUGCUUGAAUUGAAGCUUAGCAAUGCCUAAGACAUCAGAUUCACACUGUGGUCUCGAUCACUUGUACUGAUUAGAAAAAAAUGAUUUCUACACUUUUUUUUAAAAGUCUCCAUUUGUCCAUUGUGUUUCCUAUAAGCAGAUGAGAUUCAUUUGUUCAUUUGCCCAUUGCAUAUUUCUUGUAAAUGAUUAUGCAGUUCUUUUGAGAAUAUGCAUUCAACAUAAAAAGACAUGGUAGAGAAGCAAAGAGCUCUCAAGGUGAGAGGAGAAAAUAGCACAACUGGUUCUUGGAGUUGCCUUUAUAUCGUGGAAGAUCCCCAGACUUUCAGUGUGGCAUGCAAAAAAGGAAACUUGCAGAAUGAGGAAGACAUCUCUAUCCUGCCAGAAUUCGUAAAGCAAUUCUGAGUGCCUGUGGAUUACAUUCCAAAAAGCCCCCCAGGAUUUCCUGUUUGCCUUUUCUUUAGGAAACAAAAUGGUUUCGCAUGCUUUUUCAUGGCUUACACAAGGGCUUGCAUUUUUUUAAAAUGCUAGUUUAGCUAGUUUUUACCAUGUCGAGGCGUUAUGGCUCCAGUGAAGAGAACAAAUCAUAGGUUUAGUAGGAUUGAGCAACUGUAUGCCUAUCUGAGCCAAUGGCGGGUCGGCAAAAGAAGCAGAUAUGCCUGUUGAGGCAGUAUAAUGCACUGUAUAUAUUUGUGGGGGAAGGGAAGGGGAACAGAUAAGUAUUUUUUAAAAGAAAAUAUGUUAAAAUUGCCUUUUUAAAUAAGCAAAUAGUUGUCUAUUUUCCUACCUUUGUGUUUGUGGACUUGUAAAGCUUAACUAUGUCGCCUAAAGGUGCAAAGAUUGAAACCAUAUUGUAGCAGCUUAAUCCUUGUUAGUCUUGUUAUUUCUUUAACUUUUACAGGAUGAUUCAUUCACCUGAAAAGAGAAGUAUGCCUGUGAUGUUACCAGGAUAAUCAUGGCCCAUCUUUUCUUGGGUUAUUGGAUCAUUUGGCUGUAUGUGACUUCAGCCGUGUGAAAUAAGGGUUAGUCUGUGCAGAUUUAUGCUUGUCAGUAUCAGUGGCACAACUUCACGUUUGCAAAAUAGUAUGCUGUUUCUGGCACUCUUGUGCUUUCAAACUCUAUGUUAAGGAUUGGCCAUAAAAAUUCAGAGGAAAGCAAGUGAAUCGAAUUCCUUUUUCCAUAGUUUGACUGCCAAGUCUUGCUUUUGAAAUGUAAAGUUUCUUUUAAGCAAAUUUGAACUCAAAUUCCCAAUAUCGGAUGAGUAAGUUUGAUCAAAGAAGCAGUGAUUCUUUGCUACAGAAGCCAAAUUAAAACUUGAAAUGCAUUUAUAGCAAAAUUUAGGGUAGGUGGCCAUAUUCUAUAAGCCUUUAUAGUCAGUUUACUUACCUACCUACCUCAAGCAUAGAAGAAGGUACAGCAAUGUGAAUCUUGUAUGGGAUUGAACAAGUACCUCAAAAUGCAGAUGUCCAGCCUGUGAGUGCCAGUUUAAAAUUGUUUGUGUCACUAUGAGCACUAACAUAUAUAUCAAAGUGGACUGACUAGGCCUGGCAUAUAUGCAAAGCUCCCCUUCCAAACAUGCCAACUUCCUCAGUCUGGCUCGCUGAUAAGGGAACAAGACCAGUCUAUUUUGGAGAAUCCAUGCACAAACCAUAGUUCUAUUGGGUGGCAGGCGAUAGGAAGUCCCUUUAUUAGAGGAGAGGAGCCAUCCCACUAUCUACCAUAAUUUGCUCAGGUAAAGCCUUAAUUUUAUUUUAAAGAGUAGGAAAUUAUGUUAAGCAACAAAGGGGCAGGGAGGUUGAAAUUGUAAAUAGUUAACGUUUUGUAAAAUGUCUGUUAUCCUGUUAUUGAUGGCUGAAUUUUUUUCCAAUAGUAUUUUAAGAGACAGUUUGACUGUAUAUUUUUAAUGGCUUUGGAUGAUACAUUGCACAUUUGUACAUUGAUAUAAAAUUUAUUGUACAGAAACUUCAUUUUGGUUUUGUAGAAUAUUGUGGUAAAUGCUUGGUGGUGGGAUUUCCCGGUUAACCAAAAUUAUCGUAGCAUCAAGUUGAAAGCAACACGAGGCAUCAGGUUCAACAUCAGUCUGUUUUUGAACUGCAUCUGAUCAAGGAUUUCAUAUUCCAUAUAAAGGAAGAAAAACUCAGGGAAUUUUGUGUAAUGCAAAUAAAAGUUCUUCCAUAAUUAUUUUUUUCAAGUGAUUUUUUUUUUGUUUGAUCUAAUAGAAGUGGAAUAUUCUACUUUCCUGAUAUAAGGAAUUUCAAACAUUUAACAAAAAUAUUGAAGUGCUUUAAGAGUUUGAAACCUACUCAAUUUUGAAUGUCCAUUGUUGCAGCCAUAUAAGUGCUUGCACACAAAGUAAAACAUUUUGAGCUUGGAUUUAUUUCUAAGUGAACAUGAUAGCAUUGUGUUGUAAAGCACAAAUAAAGCAUUGUCCAGAUUUCUUUUUCAUUUUAUUCCAUUCACUUUGGCUCUGUUUAAAUGGAAAUUCAAGCAGAUUCUGUUUUUUGGCACAAAUAUUUCCACAUAUGCAAGGAGUUUCUGGAUACAGUCUUUCAGGCUGGAUUGGAGACUACUUUAAAAAUGUUCCGGUUCAAGAUUUUAAAAGACACAAGAGACUUUCAAGAGAGGAGGGUUCUCAAAAAAUUACGUUUACUGAGCUCUUGCAUUUGUCUGGCUCCUGUCAUUAUGCAUGAAGUCUUGAUUUCAUUUGUGCUUUCAGAAUAAUAUUGGUCAUGCACACAAUUCAAAAACUAUAAUAACCAGUCAAUCAAAUAAAAAUUGUAAUUCUGUGAUAGCAGUUUUGUACAUAUCAUUUAAACAUUACAUUAUUAUACCAUUUGUGUAUCAAUAGUGUUCUCAGUAAUUUUCCUAUUCCACUGUAGGAAGAAAGCUGUGUUUGUCUAUGAAAGCCAAAAAUCAGGAGGAAUCUUGUAGCACCUUUCAGAUUACCAGAUUUUAUUAAAACGUUUAGCUUCUUUGAGCUAAACUCACUCCAUGCUUCUGAUGAAGUGAGCUGUAGCCUACAAAAGCAGAUGUAUUUUAAUAAAAUGUGUUAAUAUGAAAAGAUACCACAAAUCUUCUGUUUUUUUCCCCCUUUCCCAGAGCGCUAUUCACUUUAUCAUAAUGGUUUACCAUGAUACCAAUAAUUGCUGUGACUUGCUUUAGGAAAAAAAAAUGCUGCAUAGAUAAGACUGCUCCAUUGAGUAAAGUGAUAAUACAACUACUGCUUUUUAGAACUUUUUUUAAUCUAUACCAUUUUAUAUAAAUAGAUUGUAUUUUGUAAAACAUUUCUGUAUUUUUAUUUGCUAAUUGGUCUGUGGUCCAGUACGAUAGAAUUCAGAAUAAUUUGCUUUAAAUGUAUACUAAGAUAACAGAGUAUUAAAUAUUUUUUAAAACUA